AUGAAGGCCGCAGAAACGAGGGAGAGGAAGAGAUUCAGAACGCACAGCCUGAUGGCGAAAAGGGACACGCAACGAGUGAGGAUGGGAGGGCUGGACGACGGGCGGCUAUCCGCGCCAUGCGGCCGCAUUCGCGCCGUCGCUGAUUCGCUCGUUAAGACACACCCCAGCCCGCGCCGAGAGCGCGAAAAGCAACCCUCCGCUUCAUGGCGCGACUUUAUUGGUUUUGACCUGCUGUGA